AUGUCGGUGGCCAAUCGAAACAUAGCCACAGCGCCUCCUCCGUCCGAUUACGAUGUCGAGUUUCGGAACUUAACCGACGACGCUUGGUACAGCGUCUACACGGUCUUCGAGGGCGAGAAGCUCACGGUGAAGUACCAAAACUUCGGCGAAGAAGAGGACUCUGUUUUCGAGGCGAAGAACUUCAAAAGUUUAGAGGAGCUAGAGAAGUUGAAGGACCGCUUCCGCCCUAUUUCAGCUCAAUUGCAGGACCACAAGUGCCACAAAGUGGUCAGAGGUGUCGUUGUUUGCGUCUCGCAUUCCUCCGAUGGUUCUGACAACCGCUUUUACGACGCCGUUGUCGAUGAUGUGGUUCGCAAGGAGCAUUCAUUUGGCACUGGAAUAGAAGUGUGUUUGUGCACAUUUGUUGUGAUCAUGCAGCAUGGUCCAAUUGCUGGGUGUUUAGCUAACAAAACAAUUGAAAACCUAUGCCUUGUACAGUCCAUUACUUGCUUUGAUCCCAAUUUACAGCUUUUCUUGAAGAUGAAUACAAAGCGUGCCAAGCGGUCUCCUUGUAAGAAACGCCCACCUGAUGAGGCAAAGAUGAUGACUGACGAAGAUGAUGACCUUGGAGGGGAUAAAAAUUGGUCUAUAUUGUUGAUUGACAAUAAGUUAAAGCAUAAAAGCAUUGGCGAUGUUUUAAAAGUUGUUUGUUCUGGAUCUGAGGAAUAUGCGACUGCAAAGCAGCUGAGAAAUUUAUUUAUGGAGUUCACUGAGCAUCAACAACUUUUACACAAGAGGCUAGCAAUGGAGGAGAGGAAGAUCUUGCAGGCAUCCCAAGUGGAAAUAAUGUGGAGGUUGAGACAUUAUGAUCAUGUAGGGAUAGUUACGAUGAUGAUGCUGAUGGUUGUUGUAUCAUGGAGCGAUAUAGAAGGGACAUAUGGGUUUAGAUUUGCAGUAGUCACCGACGAAUGCAUGUCCCAUAAUGCACCACAUGAAGGUGACACUCUUCAUGUCUCUUUCGUCGUCGUCAAGGCUGAUGAUAACUCCAAAUUCCGGUGGCAUUUCAACACCGAAUUAGGUGUUGAUCUCGUGAUAAAAGGACCUUCUGGUGAACAAAUUCAUGAUUUUCGUGAUAAAACAAGUGAGAAGUUCGAGUUCGUAGUCCACGACAAAGGGGUUUACACCUUCUGCUUCACCAAUAAGUCUCCCUUUCUCGAGACCAUCGACUUUGACGUGCAGAUUACUCGCUUCACAUACUAUCAGCAUGCAAAAGAUGUGAAGCUGAUAACAUCUACAGAACAUUUUGCCCCUUUGUUGGAGCAUAUAUCAAAGUUGGAAGAAGCUCUUAACAGCCUCCAGUUUGAACAGAAGUGGCUAGAAGCUCACAGUGACCGCCAGGCAUUUGUGAGAGAUAAAAUGAGCCGUGCAGCGAUCCACAAGGCAGUUUGCGAAUCACUUGCACUACCUGGAGCUAGUCUCCUCCAAGUCUACUUCCUGAAACGUUUGCUUGGACGGAAAGUUGCAUCAUCCAGAUCUUAG